GUAUGACUCAACAACCCACAGUGGGGAUUAUGAAGGCGGGAGAGGCUGCUGGCAUGGCAGUGAAAGGAGGGUCCACAGCAGCAGCUAAGGAAGAAAAGAAGCCUGAAAAGACCAUUUUUGAGCUGAAGCUAGAGUCUUAUGAUGCUACUCAAAAGAUCAAGAUAAUUAAAGAGGUCCGCGGCGUAACUGAUUUAGGUCUCAAGGAAGCAAAGGAUUUGGUGGAAAAGUCACCCGCCGUGUUUAAGAAAGGAGUGUCAAAGGAAGAAGCAGAGCAAAUUAUUGAGAAGAUGAAAGCAGUUGGGGCCAAAGUUGUCAUGGAAUAAUGGAAAGUAGUGCAGAUUUGUCUCUCUUGUUGAUAUAAUGAUUUUUCUACACCCAAUCAAUUGAAUAAUGGACUCUUCAUGUUUUAGUAAUCUUGCUUUUGGUUUCGUCUUCCAUUUAGAGAUAGUUUUAAAAUCCCCUAGCAUGCUUGAGUUGCAGUUUGCUUCUGAAUUGCAUAUGAGCAUUUCAAACUAAUGUCAGAAAGCCUUGAUCAUUUUUGGUGGAUGAUUUAACAUGUUAUGGGCAUUGAUGAUUUAUAAUAUGUGUUAUUAUGCCGUUUUGUGUGUUUGUAGAAAUG